UCGAUUAUUUUACUACGGACAUUUCAUCGAAUCCAGACUUUUGACAAAUAAAACAAAUUCGAAAACUACAAUUAAAUGGCCAUUAAAUACUGCGCAGUAGCUGCACCAAAAUGAUCUACAGAUGCUUGUGUUUCUUGUUGGCAAAAUCUGUUUAAAUCGCACUGCACUUGUUAGCUAAACCCCUGGGCAUCAGACAUGAGCCAUUAUGUGCCGGUAUUGCACCCGCCUCGAGUGACAUUUGUCUCGCUUCCGGGAAAACAACACAGGUUUACGGGCGUUUACCGCUUUGAUUGAUCUGCAGCGCAGCACUGCAUCUCUGCAAAAUUUGCAGUCUUGGAUUGGAGUCUUGGUUGUCUGUUUUGGAAGCGCAUAGACGGCUUCCCCAACUUCCUUAAAGAUCUCUUGUUACCGUUUACGAAGUCCUAGAAAUUCGGAUUAAUUUAUUUGGCCGAUCAGUUCAGUUAUGGGAAGAGCAUGGUGAUUUCGUUUGGACUGUCUCCGAGUUCCGACAAUCGCAAGAUUUCAAGUGUAAGGCGUCUCGAUUCCGGAGAAUUGCUUAAUGUGGUUUGUGGUCACAGCAGGAAAUCGCGAUGAGCGCCAGACGUUUCAAAAAGGAACGCCAUCCGUUCCGUCCACCGCGCGCGGCCGUAGAUACUCACGCGGACCACGCUCUUAGUCCCGAGUCCCUCGAGAAACGAAACGAACCAAACAAACCCAAGUCCCACACGCAGCUUGAUAAAGCGGAUGAUCACAUAAAUCCCGAGUGGUCGGAGACAUGGACGCCAGAGCUGCGAACCGCCGUCAAACUCCUGCUUUCUGCUAAACUUUGCUCAAUGGUGUGGUCGUACAUUACGGACUGCGAUGAGACAUACAACUACUGGGAACCCCUCCAUUAUGUUCUGAAUCACCGCGGUUUCCAGACAUGGGAAUAUUCUCCCGUGUACGCCAUUCGCUCAUAUGCCUACAUUCUCCUGCAUGCAUUCCCCUUGAAAAUCUUCCAAACUAUCCUGCAACCCAACCGGUUUACCAUGUUUUAUUUUCUGCGUUUUGUUCUGGCCAUUGCGGCAGUGGCUGUGGAAGGCGCAUUUUAUGCGCAGAUAUGUAAGCGUUUCGGACCAAGCGUUGGGAGGAUGGUGCUGGUGUUUUUGCUUUUCGCCCCGGGCAUGUUCAUCUCCAGUACGGCCUUUCUUCCCAGUAGCUUUGCCAUGUUAAUGACCACGGCAGCGUACACAGCAUGGUUUGCAGGUCGCAAUGUUCUGGCUGUUAUUGCUGUUGCCUGCAGUGGAAUAUUAGGCUGGCCGUUUGCCGGAUUAUUGGGAGCACCCAUCGCCGUGGACAUUAUCCGGCGAAAUGGACUAUUUUUCUUCGUGGGUGUUUGUAUCAUGCUCGGUGCUGUGAUUGCUGGGGCAACCGUCGCGAUUGACAGUUAUUUCUAUGGGAAGCUUGUUUUUCCUACUUUAAACAUCGUGCUGUAUAACAUUAUUUCCGGGCACGGUCCGGAAUUGUACGGAGUGGAACCAUGGUAUUUUUAUCUUCUGAAUGGAUUCUUGAAUUUCAACGUGGCGUUCUUCCUCGGGUUAAUGUGUCCUGUAUUUAUCGGAGUCGCCUACGCUCUGCGGAAACGACGGAGAAACUAUUUAUGGAAUCAACGCACUUGGGAAUUUUCUUUCGGGGUUUGCGCAGCGGUUUUUCUGUGGCUGGCUAUAUUUUUUCGUACACCGCAUAAAGAAGAACGAUUUUUAUUUCCAGUCUACACUCUGCUGUCGUUACUGGCCGCUAUAGCUGUUGAAAUUAUCACGAAAAUUCCAUUGGCUGUGUUGUCUAGUACGUUCCCUGUGCGAAUUGUUUCCCGAAUUGCAACAAAUUUCAUGACAACCAUACUCGCUGUGUUUGUGGUGCUGAGCUUAUCGCGAUCAUUCGCAUUGGCCAAAUUCUACACUGCUCCCAUGGAUGUGUAUAUGAGACUCCAAGCGGAAGCCAUGAAUCACAGCGGAAAAGCUAAUCUUUGUGUAGGUAAAGAGUGGCAUCGAUUUCCAUCUAGCUUCUUCCUGCCGGAUAAAUGGAACUUGCAAUUCAUUCAAUCGGAAUUCAAAGGACUGUUGCCUAAACCAUAUUCGCCAUAUCCUCAUGGGUUUGCGGCGAUUCCGACGGAAAUGAAUGACGAAAAUAAGGAAGAACCGUCUCGAUAUAUUGAUCCUUGUCAGUGCGACUACUUAGUGGAUUUAGACAAUCCCGGGAGAGAAACGGCUCUGGAGCCGAGUUACGUAAGCAAAAGUAACGAAUGGAACAUUGUCUAUCGAGAGAAAUUCUUGGACGCUUCUAAUUCACACCGGAUUUACAGGGCAUUUUAUGUCCCUUUCUUAAGUGAACGAAUGUGUUCAUUUGGUGAUUACGUGUUAUUGAAUAGGAAACGACCGUGUGCUGUAAACCCAGCCAAGUAGUACGCUUUUUUGUUGUUGUUCUGGAUUGCAUUUUACGCAGAUGUUUUAUUUUUUAACCUUUUUUGUUGAUUUACCUUGCAUUUUCUAUUUACGGUGCAUAAGAGUUUCGCUCCUUCUUGA